AUUUACACUAGUGAACAGUGAACACGUGUAAAAUUCAAUUAAUUUCCAAUGCUGUGAUGUCCACCAAACCACUAAAUAAUAGUUUUUCAAGACUAAACCAAAGAAAAGAAAGAAAAAAGGCCUAAAGAUAGAAGGAAUGAAGAAACAUUUUGUUUUAGUACAUGGAGCAUGCCAUGGAGGUUGGUGUUGGUACAAACUAAGGCCCUUACUAGAGGCUGCAGGCCAUAAGGUCACAACCUUUGACUUAGCAGCCUCUGGCAUUGAUUUGAGAAAAAUAGAGCAACUUCACACACUUCAUGAUUACACUUUGCCAUUGUUGAAAUUGAUGGAAUCUCUUCCACAAGAGGAGAAAGUCAUAUUAGUUGGACAUAGUCUUGGUGGUAUGAAUUUAGGACUUGUUAUGGAAAAAUAUCCACAAAAGAUCUAUGUUGCUGUUUUCUUAGCUGCCUUCAUGCCUGAUUCUAUCCACAUAUCUUCCUAUGUUUUGGAUGAGUAUUAUGAACAAACACCAGAGGAGAAUUGGUUAGAUACCCAAUUUUUACCAUAUGGUUCCCCUGAAGAGCAACUUACAUCCAUGACUUUUGGACCCAAAUAUUUGGCUAACAAGCUCUACCAGUUAUGCUCUCCUGAGGAUCUUGCAUUAGGAUUAUCAUUGGUGAGAUCAAGCUCUCUGUUUCGAGAAGAUUUGUCGAAGGCGAAGUAUUUGACAGAUGAAGGAUAUGGAUCAGUGAAGAGAGUUUAUAUAAUGUGUUCAGAGGACAAAGGCAUACCAAAAGAAUUUGGACGAUGGCUAAUUGACAACAUUGGUGUUACUGAAGAAAAGGAAAUUAAAGGUGCUGAUCAUAUGGCAAUGCUAAGUAUGCCUAAAGAACUUUGUGACAUUCUCUUUGAGAUUGCCCAUAAAUACAAUUAAUCCAUCUCUACUCAUUUGAAUAAUUACUUGUUAUUGCUUUCCACUCGAAAAUAAAUUAUUGAAAUAUACGUCUUAUGUAUAUUAAUGUAUCCGAGUCAAUAUUUAAUA